AAUAAGUCCAUCUGUGAAAUUUCCUUGCUGCUAAAUAUUCCACGGUCAACUGUUAUAUUAUUAGUGUUGGUAUUAUAACAAAGUGGAAGCAACUGGGAACAACUGCAACUCAGCCACAAAGUGGUAGGCCACAUAAAAUGACAGAGCAGGGUCAGCGCAUGCUUAAACCCACAGUGCUCAGACGUCACCAACUGUCUGCAGAGUCAAUAGCCAAAUACCUCCAAACUUCAUGUGGCCUUCAUAAGAGCUUCAUGGAAUGGGUUUCCAUGGCUGAGCAGCUGCAUCUAAGCAUCUUUCAUCACACCAAGUGCAAUGCAAAGCAUUGGAUGCAGUGGUGUAAAGCACUC